UUCCCGGACCUCGGACUGAUCAAGUCACUGAGUACAGAGCGACCAAAAGAGCAACGUGAACGCUGACCCGGCUCGGCCCUCUGCCAGCUUGGGGCUCUUGCCCCCUGAGCUGCGCUGGGCGUGGCCAGCAGUUACAGUGUCCCCACCACAGAUACUAGAGGAGCAGUCCCGGCCACGGAGUGGAGCAGUCAGACCUCCGCGUUCAGAAGAUGGGUUUCUCGAUCGUGCUCCGGACCUUCGCCCUGCGGCGCCGCCCCGGUUCCCGUGGCUGGCCGGCACUCGCCUCGGCUCUCUGCGGCAGCAGGUCAAACAGCACCGUGAAUUAUUUAGACGUUGUCCCAAUGAGACCGACCCUCAGCACCAGCUACGUCCACGGUGCCAUGAACAUGCCGCUUGUUGGCAAAACUAUCGGACAAUGUUUUGAUGAAACUGUGAAUAGAUUCCCGGAUAAAGAGGCGGUGGUGUUUCUGCGGGACGGAGUCAGGAAAACAUUUGGGCAGUUAAAACAGGAGGUGGACCAGAUGGCUGCAGGGUUACUCGCCAUUGGGCUGGAGAGAGGAGACCGGCUGGGCAUGUGGGGGCCAAACAUCUACGAAUGGCUGUUGACUCAGCUGGCGUGUGCACAAGCGGGCAUCAUAAUGGCUCAAAUCAAUCCAGCGUACCAGGCACAGGAGUUGCAGUUUGUUCUGAAGAAGGUUGGUUGUAAGGCACUGGUCUGCCCCAUGGCCUUUAAAACCCAAAGGUUCUACGACAUUCUGAAGCAGAACUGUCCCGAGCUGGAGAAGGCCACUCCCGGAGAUCUCCAGAGUACCAGUCUCCCAGACCUCAAGACAGUAAUUAUGAUCGGAGGCAAGCCCCCAGGGACACUCAGCUUUGAGGAGGUGUAUCAGGCAGCUUCCAGCAGUCACCGUGAGCAACUGUUAAAUGUGCAGAAGAAAAUGACCUUUGACGAUCCAGUGAAUAUCCUAUUUACUUCGGGCACCACAGGAAGCCCCAAAGGAGUUACUCUCACCCACCAUAAUCUGGUCAAUAAUGCUCGUUCCAUUGGGUACCGAAUCGGCUACAGUUGGCGGGAUGCACGGCUCUGUGUCCCAGUCCCCCUCCAUCAUUGCUUUGGAUCUGUGGGAGCCUCUCUGGUGACGUGCGUCUAUGGAAUUCAUGCCUGCUUCACGUCUCCAGGUUUUGAGGGAAGAGCGGCCUUAGAGGCAAUUCAGAAUGAAAGAUGUACAAUACUGUAUGGGACUCCAACCAUGCACUUUGACAUUCUGAACCAGAAGGACUUCUCUACAUUUGAUCUCUCGACACUGGAAGCAGCAAUUGUAGGCGGUGCUCCCUGCCCCCCCGAACUGAUCCAGCAAAUCAUGGAGAAGAUGAAAAUCACUGAAACUAUAGGAGCGUAUGGGUCAACAGAGAACAGUCCUGUCGCAUUUCAGGGAUUCCCAAUGGAUGAAAUAACACGGAAAUUAGAGACAGUUGGCUACAUAUCACCGCACACCGAGGCUAAAGUUGUGCAUCCUCAAACUGAGGAAAUCCUCCCCUUGAACACGGCUGGGGAGCUGUGGAUCCGUGGGUACAAUGUAAUGUUGGGAUACUGGAAUGACCCAGAGAAGACAAAGGAAUGUAUCACUCCGCAGGGCUGGUAUAAAACAGGCGAUAUUGCCUCACUUGACUCGUACGGAUACUGUAGGAUCGUAGGCCGAAUUAAAGACAUGGUCAUCCGUGGAGGAGAGAACAUUUACCCUGUGGAGGUGGAAACGUUUUUGCACACUAAUCCCAAAGUUCAGGAGGUGCAUGUGAUUGGAGUUCAUGAUGACAAGAUGGGUGAGGAGGUCUGUGCCUGUGUGAAAGUGCACGAUGGAAUCGAGUGCACAGCUGAGGAGCUUAAGACCUUCUGCAAAGGAAAGAUCUCCCACUUCAAGAUCCCACGAUACAUUGUGUUUAUGAAGGAUUUCCCCAUGACCGCCUCUGGGAAGGUUCCAAAAUAUCAACUGAGGGAGACUGUUGAAUGUGAACUGAAACUGCGGCCUCAGUAAGAAACCACGCGGCAAGUGCCAUUGAUUAUCCACUUUCAUUCCUAACCCGGCACCGAGCCAAACACAGAACUGUCUGAACUGUCAGAGAACGUAUAAAGGCUUAUCUGGCUUUACCUGACCUUUUGCUGCAGGAUCGAGCUGACACCCACAGCUCCUGGUCUCCAUCUAUGUCCAAGGGAACUCCACUCUCCUCAUUCGGUUUGUAACCGAGGAAUGGGGAGCUCAAAAUUCCCUAACCAUGAACUCAGGAACAGUAAGAGGAUAUUUAUUCUCUCAUGCCUAUGUUGUCAUUCAAUUGGAUUAUACAAUAAACCCUUGUUAUUAUGGACCUCA